UUUUUUUUUUAUAUAAUAUAUAUAUAUAUCAACAAAUGUGGUUUGAUGGAUUGCGACCAGUACAAGCACUGGAAAGAUCAAGUGAACGUACAAAACUGACCUUAACAGCUGUGGCAGCUUCAGCAUUGACAUUAAUGGCAGUUCUGGGAUACCAAACAGCUCGACGACAAGCACGAUCACGCCAUGUAAAAUACAACAUUCAACAUGAACAACAGCAUGUGUCACAGCAUAUCAAUGCUCUUGGUAUGAUUGAAACCAAUACAACAUGUACAACAAAUAAUAUGUCAACCACUCACACCUCCACCACAACACAACAACAAAAAGAACACGAUCCGACAUUGAUUGAAGAACAAUUAGCACGGAACCAAGCCUUUUUGGGAGCAGAAGGAUUGGCAAAGAUACGACAGUCUCAUGUCGUUGUGGUUGGAUUAGGUAGUGUUGGUUCGUGGGCAGCAUUAAUGUUGGCAAGAUCAGGUGUACAACAUAUUCGAUUGAUUGAUCCUUCGGUACUGGUGGCAAAGGACUUGGCUUGUCAUGCUGCUGCUACUCCAUCUACCCUUGGUGUACCUAAAGUCUCAGCUCUUCAAGCAACAUUGUCACAUAUUGUUCCUUUUGUCCAUAUUGAAUCUAUUAUUGGUGAAUGGCAACCUCGACUUUUGGGAAUGAUGGAUCCUAUUCAUACGUCUAUGACUGACAACAAAAAGGACGGCAAGAUCAUGGUGGUGGAUUGUUUGGGCAAUAAUUCUAUGGAUGCUAAACUCAAGUUGAUUGAAUUCUGUCAUUCUCAUCGUAUUCAAAUUGUCUCUGCCUUGGAUCCUGGAAACAAAGUCGAUCCUACUCGUAUUCAAAUCACUGAUAUCAGUGAUUCUUUUGAUGAUCCUUCUGCUAAAGUGAUUCGUCGUCGAUUAAAGUUGAUGGGUAUUGAUCGUCAUCUUCCUGUAGCUUAUUCAUCUGAAAAACCUAUGGAUCCUAAAUUCAUCAAAGAUCAAGGCAUUAUUACCUCUAUAGAAGAAGGCAUACCAAAUAUUCAUGUACGACAUAGCCCUGUGGUUGGAUCCAUUGCAGCAAUGUACGGAAUGGCCCUGACAACCUUUAUACUUUUACAACUGGCGGAUUUCCCUGCUUAUGAAUUACCUCCAAUCAAGUUACGCGAUAAAUUAUACACACGGAUACAUCAAGAAGUCAAUAAACGAGAACGACAUUAUUAUCAUUCUCCGGAUACGGAGUUGAAUUUGAAGCAAGUGGAAUACAUUUAUGAAGAAAUUUGGCAUGGUAAGAGUGUAUUAUCAGGACCUCAAGAACGUAUUACUUUGGCUCGUUGGGAUCGUACUCGUCCUCUUGGGUAUUUGAAUACCGUCUGUAUGUCCAAAGAAGAAGCUAGAGCUCAUGAUGUACUACCUAUAGAUACCAACUUGAGACAAUAUUAUGGAGACGAUGUGGUGGAUUAUGUAGAAAAACAAUUAGAUGAAGAGGCCAGAUUUGAAAAAUUAUUCAGCUAGUAACUAGAUUUUUUUUAUUUUAUAUAUUGAAUAAAAAUUGGAAGGGGGGAAUAGAAUGAUGAUUUGAUAGACAGAUA